CCGAGUGACGGUUACGGAACGUCAUCCCGCAGCGGCGGGCGUUGGGCUUCGUGAUACCGAGGCCAGGGGGUGCGAGGGCCGCACCCCGUUUCCGGUCCGCGCGGAGCGUCGGCUGGAGCGAGGUUUCUGCAGAUGGACCAAAAGCUCUCUCAGCUGGUCGAGGACCUCACAACCUCAGGAGAGCCUCAACUGAAUCCAGAGAAAAUGAAAGAGCUAAAGAAAAUCUGCAAAUCUUCAGACGAACAUAUUAACCAUGCGUAUCGUCUACUGAUGACACAGCUGAAUCAAGAACAUGCAGAGAUACGCUUCUCAGCUUUUCAAAUUGUGGAUGAGCUCUUCACCCGGUCACAUCAGUUUAGGACGUUAAUUAUUUCAAAUUUUCAAGAAUUCUUGGAGCUCACAAUUGAAACAGACCAUGAGCAGCCUCUUCCCCCACCAAAAGAAGUAGCACAAAAACUGAAAAAAACAGCCAUUAAAUCUGUUCAAGAUUGGCAUGAGAAAUAUGGAGAGGCCUACAAGAAACUCUCCCUAGGAUACCAUUUCUUAAAACAGAACAAGAAGGUGGAUUUUCAAGACGUAAAUGUCAGAACUCUGGCUGAAAGGAGAAGGGAGGAGGAGAAACAGAAACGAUUAGAUAACAUUUACAAAGAGAAAGCCAAAAGAGCUGAAAAAGAAAUGGAAGAAAUGUCCCAGGAAAUCCAAGACACUCUGACAGAGAUGGAGAAUUGUUUCCGGCUUUUGAUGCCAGAUCCAUUUGACUUCACUGUGAAUGAUGCAGAGUUAGAACCUGUCACAGAGAGGACUGCUAAUGAGAACAGACCUACUUCCUCCUUAUCCAUGCAGAUAGCAGAUCGCCAGCCAUCUUUGCUUGGACAAAUGGAUGAUGAACAGCCUUGUUGCAGCAAGGACCUUCCUUCUGUUUCCCCAUGUCUAAUAGUUGAUAGAAACAGGGACCUGAAUGAAGAGUUGGGGCUGCCUGAGCAAAAGGAAAUGAACAGAGGGGAAUGUUCAGAAGCUGAAAUAAUUGCUGCUGCCACCGAUGAUGAUGACUAUGAAACCUUUGUUAGGAACCAUGGGCUUGGUUCUCAUAAAUACGCUCUCAACCUUGAAAUCUCCACAGAUGUGAAAGUGCGUGAAAAUGAAGACAAUACUGCCAUAAUAAACAAUAUCAUAGAUGCACACAAACUCAUCAGAAAUAAAUUCUUGCCAUCUGUGCAGUCUUGGAUUCAGUUGUUCACCAGAGCAGGAAUAAAUGAUGGUUGUCUAAGAUGUGCCAUUGAUUUUAAGAAAAAAUUAGAGACUGCUAUGGAGAAACAUAAGGAAAUGAACAUUGACUAUAAAGAGAGGAAAAGAAAAGUGCUUUACCUUCUGUUCCUGCCUUCAGCUAGAGCCAUGGGAGGAGAAGAAAGAGAGCUACAAAUGUUGUCCAUAUCCUUUGACUGUCCAGAGCCAGCCGUCCACCCCCCUUUGUGUUGCCUUUAUAAAUAUUAUUGCAUUAGCCGUACACCCUGCCUGUCAAGAUUCAAGCCCCUCUGGCAGACAUUAAAUAGCCAUCACCACAUUUCUAAUUCUAUGAAAGUGUCCGACACUGAAGAUGAUGAAGAUGAAGAUGAAUUUGUGGAGGUCCCUGAGAAGGAAGGUUAUGAGCCCCACAUUCCAGACCACCUGCGUAAGGAAUAUGGGUUGGCGCCCCAAUCAUCUCCGAAAGUGUUAACAAAAGGAAUGGUCAUGAGGCCAGCUUUGUUGAGCUCCCAGUCAGAAAGGAAUGAAGAGGAACUUGAUCCAACUUGUGCCGCUGCAACAUUGAAACUUAUCCAAGAUAAGCUACCUAAGUUACCAUCCCUAAACACCAGUGCAUCUGCAAAUCCCAAGCCAGCAGCUUCAGGAGAGCUUGACAGUGAGACAAGAAAACUAGAAGAAGAAGAAAGAGCUAAAGCUCCUAUAAUACCCUUUGGAUUAGAUCUUUACUACUGGGGACAGGACCAGCCAACUGCUGGCAAAAUUCUCAAAUUUUCUUCUCAACAUCGAUUUUGGGCACCUAAUGAAAUGGAGGAAGAGGUGGAAAACAAAGAAAUAGCCGAAAUGUUGAAAAGUAGAUUUAUAACUUUUUGUGGCAAAUUUGAACCGGUGAAACAUAAAUGUCGAGCACCAAUGCCUGACGGGAGACUAUGUGAAAGACAGGAUAGGAUUAAGUGCCCUUUCCAUGGGAAGAUAAUCCCUCGGGAUGAAUCUGGGAAUCCUGUUAAUCCAGAGGACAAAAUGAGAGAAGAAAAGAAGAAGUUUGAGAAGCAGGCAGAACAGCCAGAGUGGCAAGACCCAGAAUUCAUGAGAGAGGUUGAAGCAGCUACUGGAGUAGAUCUUGGAUCCUCUAGAUACAAUGGGAAAGGAAAAGGAGGGAAGAACAAAGGGAAGAAGCGGAAAUACCCAAAUCUGACAGACUUGAAACAGGAGGCUAAUACUUCUCGUUCACGGCUGGAGAAGAAAGUCUUCAAUAAAGAGGCCAUAAAACGGGUGGCGAAAGCAAUGAAUCGAAUGGACCGGAAGAAGCAUGAGAAGUUUGCAAACCAGUUUAACUAUGCAUUGAAUUAAGUUGCAAGAAAACAGAGAACCAAAGAGGAGAAUUAACAGGACUGCAGCUAUACAAAUCAUUUCUCAAAAGCCUUUAUAUUCAAACUAAAAUAUUGUGCUCUACAUUUUUACUGGGGCUAUUUUUUUAAUUAGUGUCAACUUCUUCUAGUAACUUAUUAAUAUUUGAUGAUGAACAUGAAUUUUAGCAAAGACGUGGCUGUACAUAAUUGAAUGCAUUUAACAAUUUGAUUACUUGGAAUUUACAUUAAAUGGAACAAGCUUGAUGGCUUGUACUUAUUCUAAUUAAAAUGCUUAGAUAUUUUCCUUUCCUAGUGGACGGAUACAAUUUUUACACUUUGGUGUCAACAGAAGAGGCUGUUUAAAGUUUGCCUUCAGCAAGGAUUUCUCCUAAGCUCUUGAGCCUGGUCUGAACUCAAAAAGUUUACCAUUUAAGCACCAUCCUGCCUCUAGAAUGCCUGUAAAAAUGCCAUCCCCACAUACAAAAGGAUUCCUAACAGUUGACAUGCAUUCAGAAACCAAUGGGAUGAGACUUACUUUCAACAGGUCUAAGAAUCGCUUCAGUCUGAAUAGUUUUAGUACCAAUGUGAAGUUGCUGAAAUAACUUAGUCCUCCUGUUAUCAUCCCACAGUGCAUCUGUGGCCUUUUCAGAUCUUCCAGACCCACUGCUUCUGGGAGUUGUGCCAUGAACUGUGGGAUAGGUAUCCAUAAUGCAUUGCAGUUGAAAUGGUUUAGAAGAGCACUACUGUGGAGCAAAAGUGUGAGGGUUUUUAAAGUGAUUCUGCAGAGCUAGUUUGAAAGCAGUGAAUUGCUUGUGCUUAAACAAAGUCUGUUCAACCACUUCAUUUCUGUAGGAUAGAAAUGGAGUUCACAUGUCUGAUGGGCACUUUACUUGCUAUGGCUGCAUCUCAAGCAGGGUGAAUGGAGCAUUGAACACAAGGCUUCAAGGUCGGGGGAUGAAGUGCUGAGCAAGUCAGGAAGGAGGGAGGGAUGUGACAUUUAAAGUUGUAUUUUCAUGGGUACUACAUACGAGUUUUUGAUAAAAUACUGAAUCAGAAUUUUCUCCUGCUCUGAAUGGUGUUGGCUUAGUCUGCUCUUGCCUGUUUCAGGUGCUCUUCGAAGUAUUAAAGGAAUUAAAAAUCUUCAGUCUAGCUACUGACCAGAUCUGACAAUAGCUAAUUUACAACUUUGGCAAAUACAUAUCUUGACAUGUGCAAGCACCAUUUGGAAAGCAAUUAAUACUGAAUCUUGAUCGUUUAUCUUGAAGUGGUUUGCAGCUUGGGAGACGUUUCCUUUUUCUCUGUGGUACAAGUAUUUAGAAGCUAACUAAAUCACAACUAAAGUUCCAGAUAUUUCAUUGGGAUUUUGGAAUCUCUAAGGCCUUGACUACACUAGGAAAUAAUUUUGUCAGUUAGCCCAGCUGACUUGACAAUGAAUGCAGUUUAACUGUAAGCAUAGACAAGAACAAAUUAUGAUCAACACUGGAGUAGUUGAAUCAACCACUUAAAUGUUUCAUCUGCUGGCAUAGGCAAAGUCCUGUGUUUGAAUGCUAUCCAGGUGAUUAGAAGCUGAGUGAUUGUCAUACAGCAGGAAAGAAUUGUCGAGGGCACUGGCUUAGGGUAUGGGAAAUAAGGGUUCAUGUCCCUGCUCUGCCACGGCCCUCCUUCAUGACGUUGGGAAAGUCAUUGUCUCAGUUCACCAUCUGUCAAAUAGGGAUGUAAUGCUUCCCUGUCUCAUAGGGGGCGUUUUGAGGAUCAAAGAUUGUGAAAUGCAUGGAGAACUCCUGUUCCUUUUGGGAGUCCUUAAAGGAAGAACACACGGAAACUACUGAAGCAAGCAUCACCAUCAUAGCUGCCCCCAGCUAUCCUCAAUGGGUGUCCUGACUAGACCGGGCCAGAUCGAGGGGCCUGGAUGACAUCACGCGUCUACCAGCUCUAGCUGAAUCCCAAGCACCAACUGGGCUGAAAGGGGAUUGGACUUUAACAACAACAGCUGCCGCCCAUCUCAGCUAACUUAUCUUUCCCUCCUCACGGAAGCUCAUGCUCAAAUAAAUGGGUUAGUCUCUAAGGUGCCACACGUCCUCCUGUUCUUUUUGCGAAUACAGACUAACACGGCUGCUACUCUGAAACCUGUCAUCUAAGAGACUGUCAAACAAGGGGGGCUUCCUUCUAAAAACUUUCCACAUAAAGGGAAAGGGAACAAUGUUAAAAUGAAAGCCUUAUUUAAAACUUAACAUUUCAAAUUCUGUAACUGUUUUCCCUUGUCUUUAUUUUUUAUUAAACAUGUAAAGGAUUUUUAAUGUUGCAUUUGC